AAGUUGUACAGGCAAAACAAACGACAUGUUCUUCUCUUCUUCUGUCACGUAGAGUGAAACACCAUGUAAUUUAACAAAAUGACAGGUGAAAAGAUAACAAUUUUCACAAAAAGCGAUCUCCGGCGAUAUGAAAAUGCGAGCAAUAGGUGGGAUGCAAAGAUCGAUGCAGAUGGAGGUCCAAAUCCAAGUGAAAAGAAAUUACCAAGCAAAGGAACUUGUUUUAUUUGCUAGAGAUAAUCAAUAUCCGCUUUUGAAGAAAAACAAAGGAAAUUUUAUAUUAUUUGCAUUAUUCUUUGGGGCUUCAGCAAUUUUAUUUUGUUGUUUCGUCAUUAUUUGGAUUGGACACUCAGAGGAAUUGCAGGUGUUUCACUCUAGUGGCCAGCAUACAAUAAGAUCAUUAGAACAAGAGUUUGAGGAGGGCCAGUUGACCAAAGUGAAUAGGUCAUUUUUAGAUGACCUCCAGUACGACUUGUGUCACUCGCCAGAUGAACCAAUACUAGGACUAGAAGGAUUUGUACCACAAGGAUUUAAACUACAACAAACUCACGUACUGAUCAUUCCAGGGGAGGUUACUCCAAAUAUAUCAGGAAAGAUAACUCUAAAUGCAACCAGGUCCACCUAUCUCUAUUGUGAACAGGCUGACUGCAGAUUUGGAGCAUUUCGUAGAUUGAAUCCCAAAUUAAAGUUUUUUCAGGAAAAGAUAAAUAAUGAUGAAAGAUUCCUAAGAGAAUUUGAGUCUAAUGUUGCCAAUGACUUGGCCUGUCAUAAUGAGUUAUCUCCCAUAGGUAUCCAAAGAUUGGUUAGUCUGGGAGAAUUUGUGAAAGAUGUCUACCUGAAAGAUCUGAAACUAGAGAGUAGUUUGAUUCAACCCAAACAUAUAAAGCUAUGCAGAAAUGAGGAAAGUAUAACAGCUAAAUCAUCCCUGGCUUUUCUUUUUGGCUUGCUAUCUGAAGGUCAUUUGAGAAAAUUCAAUACCUCAGCAGUCUCAAGAAAUUUGUGUUCAGAAAAACAUGGAAUGUCUCAUGUAGAUUGCAAUUGUCCAGGUUUAUACAGAACAGAAAAUAAUUUCCGAGAGCAACUCUUACAUGGUCUGAAGAAGGGAGAAAAAUCAAAUUUACCCAUGACAGUUUUACGUCAAAUAUUGUCAAAUUCUUGUCUUCAUCCAAAUUUUUCCUGCUUUGUUCAGAAUAGAUUAGAAGGUAUUGGUAGUGUAAAAGAAUUGCUUAAGAAUGAAAAUACAUUGUAUGAAAAAUUAUCCAAUGAUGUUGGUUUUGUUAAUUUUGUUAAUGUUUAUUUAUAUCCAUUUAUGAACAAUCUAAUCCAAACUUUCCGUCAUGCAGAUUAUGUAUUUGAGAAAUUGUUUUUACAUUUUGUUGAUGAAAGUUUUAUGUUUUACAUGUUGAAUGUACUGAAACAUCCCAAGAUAACAUGGCCAAGGCCUGGAUCAAGAAUUGUUUUUGAAUUAUACAAGAAAUCUGGUCAGGUAUUUCAGCCAUAUUAUGUUCGCAUUUUGUUCAAUGGUGCUAAUGUUUCAACAUUUGUCCCCUUAUGUGACAUUAAUAAUGAGAGUGGUCUUUGUCGUUUGAAGAAUUUUGCGGAAUUAUUGCAUUUUAAAACAUCCACCAAACAAGAUCUACAUAGUGCAUAUCAGAGCUAUUGUUAAUUUUGCAAGGGUUUGUGUACUUAGUAACAUAGUUUUAUUUUAAGUUCCAAUCCAGUAUUCAUUCAGACCAAAAAGUUGACAAAGUCAAUUUUAAGCUGAAGGCAGUUCCAUUUGGACAUGCAUGAUACCCAGGGAAGGCACUUUCAAAAUGGGGUAACAACCUAUAGAAGCAGUUUAAGAAAGUCCCUUACAUUUUCACUGUCACAUGACACCCACUCUUAGUUGGAAUUCUAAAGUGCCUUCCCUAGGUCUCAUUCAUGUUGUUAUGGAACAACACUGAGUAAGAUUUUGAAAAAACUUUGCCUACAUUGAAGUCUCAUUUUCUUUUAGGUAAGCCUUCAACAUUUUAAGAAAACUAGUGUUAUAGUUUUAUAUGGAAUUUUUGUUUCUUCAUACAUUUAAACAAAAAUCAAGGCAAUUAGCAGCCACAUACAUUUAAACAAAAAUCAAGGCAAUUAGCAGCCAUUCUAUAUUUACUAAAUCAAAUUUAUAGUCUAGAUGGGCCUCAUUUUCACAGGUUGCAGUGUAUAAUUUUUAUAAAUGUCUAGGGUAAAUGAAAGAUUUAACAUUACACACCUGUAACACAUGUUUUUUUUUUUAUGCCCCAGCCAUAGGCAACAGGGGCAUUAAGGGUUACCCUUGACCGUCCGUCCAUCUGUCUGUCCCAUUUUUGUUUCCGCACUCUGACUUGAGUUUUUUUUAAUCCAAAUUUUAUGAAUCUCAUACACAAUGCUUAGAACCAAAACUAUCAGACAGAGUUUAAAUUUGGGCUGUAAGUCACUUACCAUUCUAGUGAAAUGCCCCUUUAUAACUUGGAAAAUUUCAAGUUUUUUGUUUCCCCAACAUUAACUUAGUUUGCCUCAUCCAAAUUUUAGGAAACUCAUCCACAAUGCUAAGAACCACAACACCCAGACAGAGUUCAAAUUUUGUCUGUGAGUCCUUUGCCAUAUAGAAUUAUUCCCUUUUAAAAUUGAAAAAAUGCAAAGCUUGAGCAGGGGCAUUCGUGUCCUUAAUCACAUUCUUCUUUUAAGUUGCUUUAAAUUUGCGGGAUUUAAAAUUUAAAAUCAGAGAAAAGAAACCCCAAAUUCUUUCAGUUAAUAGGUAAUGGUUUACAAGUGGAUGUCCUAACCCCAAUAAUUCAAUCGUUAUAUUCCACUGCUCUACGAUGGCUACAUUAACGUCUGAAGGCCUUGUCAAUAAAAAAAUCGUCAAAUAAUCUUUCGGAAUAAGCUCGGGAUUUACCUAUCUCGAUAACAUUGAGCUAUUAGCUGAUUGGCUCUCUCUCACAGGGAGCACCAAUCAAAAUCCUGGUUUCGUGACGUGUUUUUAUUGUAUAAAGAAUUCAGGCCCUCGCGAGUUGGAGAGUCGAUCACGGGGAGGGACUGAAUUAUUAGGGUUAGUGGAUGUCCCUUCUAGUUUAUAAAUUAAGGGAAGAUAAAUCAAUGAUUUCAACUUCGCAAAAUGUUACAAAGAGUAUGAAAGAAUCGUCACAAAAUGUUACAAAGUGUUUGAGAUUUGUCACAUGAUUACAAGUGGCAGAUGGUUUAUACAUUGUAGAAAACUAUAUGAUCUUUAAUAGUGUAUAACAUUUGUAUUUUGUUUAGCAAAACUUUAAGCUUUGUUAGAAAAUUUAAGCAACGAACAAAAUCAAUGUUAACCAGGUGCUGAUUUUUUAAGCUCAGCAAGUCACAGACAUCAAUCUGUACUUGUUUUAUGUUUUAAUUUUGAUUGUUUAUAAUUAAAUGAUUAUCAUGAUUAUGUUGCAAAAUUUUACCAUGUAUUGUUUAUGUUUGUAUAAUAUUUAUUUUUGGAAGUCAAUAAUUUUAGAUUGUACUUCCUGGUGCUUGCAUUUGUAUUUAAUAUUGGUUUAUUUUUUAAACUUACAAUUGUGAAUUCAUUUAUAUACAUUGUAUGAUAAUUUUUGCAGAUUUCAUGGGUACAGUAAAACAAUGAAUUUGAAUAAUCAACAAAAUAUGCAAAUUUUCUCAAACUACAUUUUUGGGAACCAUUUAAUAUAAUUGAUCCCACACUGUCAGUAUUUUCAGACCAAAAAAAAAUCCAGCUUAACUAUUUGUUCGAUAGUGGAUGCAGUCCUAAUACAUCACAGUCAAAUAAUCAGUUUUGGAAAAAUCAUAUACUAGUAAAUCCAAAACAGCUAACCAUCUAUUUUCUCUUUUACACAUGUGCAGUAAUCCUUUUACCUGAAUAAUUCAGUCUUAAUAUUCCACUGAUCUAUGAUUACUUCAUUAACUCCUGAAUGCAUAGACAAUGAAAAUUUGACAAUCAUUUGUAAUUAGCUCGGGAUUUACCUAUCUCGAUAAAAUUGAAAUGACUGCUGAUUGGUCACCUCUCCUACUGGACACCAACCAAAAUCCAGGAUUCUUGAAGAGUUUUUAGCUUGUUAGGAAAUCAGGCCCUCGCAAGUAGGAGAGAUAGAUUAUGGGUAGGGACUGAAUUAUUCAGGUUAUAAUUCUUUCUGUUUAUUUUUUGUAUGGGAGCAGCCAUCUUGUUGCUAUACCAACAGAGCACUUCCAAUAUCAAAUGUAAUUGUAACAGUUUCAGACAUUUUGAAUUUUGAAAUCACUUUUCAAAAACAAAGAUUUUAAACAAAAAAAUGACCCUUUUGAUUUUUGUAAUUACCAAAAAGAAUAACAGCAAUGCACUAUUUAUAUGGACUUGUCCUCUUUCACAGGUAACCCAUGCCUCAUAAUAGAUUUAAGGGCAUACGAUACAGUUUUGAUCCCACGGUGAUUUUUUUACGAAAAUUUGCAUACAAGCUAUUAUUCACCUAGUCAAUUCAAAUAUGUAAUAAAAAAUAUAUCUUCAUGUGCUACUUUUAGAGAUAAAUGUGGUCAAAAUUUUAGACAUUUGCUCAAAAUUUCGGUUUCUUGGACAUUUCUAUCCUCUGCACCGGCAUACCUAACUUUUUUUGUUUCAAAAGAUAACAACAAGCUGAUUUUUGUAAAAACAUUUUGAAUAUCUUCUUAACAUAAUUUUUUUAGCAACAAUUCUUUGGAAAUUGUUCAUUUUGUUUAUGAAUUUUUAUGUUUAAGAAAAAAACAGCAUUUUUUAUAUGUGUAUUUAUCUAAUUUAAAAAAAAUUGAUCUCUGAUUUUUUUAUAAAAAUUAACAUGAAUUAAUACAAAUAAUCUUCAUUCAAAAUCAAGCCAGAUGCCUUUUUUUAAAAAAAAAGGUCCAUGAACUCCUUUUCAAGUUAAUGAUUAAAAAAUCAGUUGAAAAAUGCAUCAUUUUCCAAUAUGUCAACAUUUGACAUUGAGAAAAAUAACAUUUAAGUUAGCAACAUCCUACAUAACCUCCCCUGUAACUGUAUCAUAUGCCCUGAAGCAGCUGGAGUUGGAGAAAGCUGAACACACAAGACUGAGUUUUAUCACUUGAUAGAAAACCAGUUUUCUUAAACUCUUGUUGCACUUUACAGAUCAUGUCUCAUAUUCACAUGUUCAAUUAUUGUAAUGUUAUGUACUGAAUACCUGCUUUUAUGCAUUUAUCAAUAUUGAAAAUAUUGGCUGUGAGUCUUAAUAUGAAAACUUUUCGCAGAGGAGAAGCUUGAAAAAAAUUUUACACUGUCGAGCAGCUCAUAUUUUAUGAGAAAGGUCUGAUAAUUGUGUUUUUUUUUCAAAAUUGUACCUGUGUGUGAUCUUUGUGAUCAAAACAAUGGUUGAAAGUUAAACUUCGUUGUGUUGUGCAAGUUCAUAUAUUGUAUACUUGAUAAGUUCAAGUCACACUUGUCAACAUCAUGCAAACAUUAUGAUAUCAUUCCAGGUCAAAAUAAUUUUGUCAAAAUCUGUGAUUUUAAAUUUAAUAAUCAUGAAAACUAUUUCAACCAUUUAAAUAUCAUGUAAAUGUUCUAUGAAUUCUUUAGGUCUGUUUUUAUUUAGGUAUGUCAGAUAUUGUUUGUGUAUUUUGUUAUUGCUUUAUUAAUUUUUUUAGCUAGUGGAAAUGUUGCUUUUAGACUUAAAAUUUCUGAUGAAGUGACUAGACAAGUUCUGUACUUUUUCAGAAUCAGCACAUUGUGUUCUAAUAUAGUAUAUAAUGUUUUUUAGAAGGUUGCUUACCAAUUCCUGGAAUAUGCACCAGAUAAUAUAGUUAUACCAAUGCAAACAGAAUUACUCUGUUUGUCCAUGUGCCUCGUAAGCAAAACCCCGCCUUAAAGGCUUAAUGGAUAUAGAUGAAACUUUACACAGUUGUAGAACACUCCCAAAGGAUGUGCAUAAAGGAAUUCUAUCCUUUUUAAAAUAUGAAUUUCAGUGUGUGGUAUCCUUUUGCAAGUUCACUCACAGUAUUUGAUUACAGUAAGUUCCACAUAUUUAUAGUUUAAAUUUGUUUUAGAUCAGAAGAAAACUUUAUGUCUGAUGUAAUUUAGCAAGCUUGUACUCUAAGCUGCCGUUAUUGACAGCUUUCCAAAAUUGUAGUAGCUAGAACUGUUAUCAUUUAAGCCACUUGCAAAUCAUUUCUCAGGUUACUGAUUAUUUUCGUAAAGUAUUGUAUCAAAUUAGUCAGGCUUUUAUUUUGAUAGCCCAAUAUCAAAGUAUAGUAAAAGUGGUCAAUGGUAUGAUAUCUACACUUAAUUUUCCAGACUGACGAAAAAGUAUUGUUCAAAUAGUCUUUUUUUAAAUUUGUGUGCCAAAUGUAAUUGUCAUGAGUAACAAUUGUCAAUAGCAGCCUUUCGUUUAACAAAAAUGGGCUAUAAUCUCAGUUAAUUAGUUAGAUCUGUGUAUAUCAAUAUAUAAACUGUUAUUGUUUUAUAUUUUUGCCAAUCAAGUUUUAUUUAUUAUUUUUUGACAUAUUUUAACAGGUGACAAACAGUGAUUUGUACUUGUUAUGUGCCUGUGUAUAUACUAGUCUAUAUUUUAUUAAUUUUCUGUCAUUGUGUGAUAACAUAUGUAUGAUUGUAAAUUACUUAAGUUGAUAUGAGUGAAUUUUCAAGAUUUAGAAAUGCCAUGAUCUUUCUUAAAAUAGGAUAGAAUUUUACAUAGAACAAUGGUUAGAUCAAUAUAGUGAAUUUAUCAAUUAUCAUAAAAUAUGUACUAAUAGUAAGAAUUAAAGAGUCAUAAACAGUUUUUGAUGAAUUUGAACAUUUAUUAUGAUACAAGAAUGUUAUCUAAUUGGUUUUAAUAAAAAGUACAUUUUCAAUAUUUCCUGACAUUAUAGUAAGAUAUUUAGUGCUCAAAGGGAGAUAACUCUAUUGGAUUAUAGAUUAAAUACAAAAGCAUAAAUUUCUUUAGAUACAUCAAGUUCAUGUUGUGUCCCUUCAAAGAAAUAAAUUAAUCUCUGUCAAGUAUAUUUAAUCUGAGAAUUUCAUUCUAUUAAGUUAGUGUCACAAAUUUCUUUUUUAUUAACUUCAUUUAUAAAGUAAGCAGCUUUUACCUUCCCAUCUCUUCUGAGAACUGGAUUUUGGUCCAGGUUUUUUUUUUUAUGAAUUUGGCAAACUAAACUGUUGUCAACUAUAAAAAGGCAAACUGAGAGUUGUCAAAAAAUGAAUUAAGGCAAUUUUGUUAAUUCUGAAAUUUAUAAAAUUAGCUGGAUCGGUUAGAUUACUGUAUUCGAAGAGUUGCCAAUGCCAGUUGGGAAUUUGAGGGUUGUAAAUGUAGAACAGUUGUCUGUUUUUAAUUUUUUGGUAAAAUUGGUUAAAACUGUAAAGUUAAAAUUUUAUUACCCACAAAACAUAUAUGUUUUCUAUUUUACUGUGCUACUGCACUUAAUUUACUCGGUAAAAUAAAAACAAAAAACGUUGAUAUUAUAAAUUCAUUCAUGCAAGUCUAUCGACAAAUUAGUAUUUUGUUGAAAAUUGGGGUUUAACUUUUAGUCAUUAAAUCCAGGGAAUUUAAAAUACCAGGAAAUGAAAGUUAAUCCUGAGUUCAUUCCAAGUUAACACAUAUACGAAGUUCUAAUUAAUAUUGGAAAAAAAACUGUCAGACCCUACUUGUUUUAAGCUUUGUAACCAGAAACAAACAACACAUUUUGGGGCUUUUCAUUUAGAAAUUUAUGGUGAUUUAAAUCUUUGUUGAUCCAGUUUCAUAGAUCUGAAAAUUUUAGUUUGUUCUAAAUAAUGGAUAGAUUUGAACAAUUGUACAGUUUAUUUUUAUCCCAAGUAGUAAAGAAGCAAUCUGCUUUACAUCCAAAAAUCAAUUUAUUUUUCUGUUUAUAUGAAUACAUCUGUUAGCAUAGAAUUUUAUGUAUAUAUGCAAAUCCAUGUUUAUGAAAUAUUUAUUAUUCCAAUCUGCAGUGUGUUUGUCUGCAUGGAAGCAGAAAAUAUGUUCAAAACCAUGUUCAAGAGAAUAUUUUUUUUUUAUACACUAUGAAUUUUUCAAGCAUAUCUCAGGCAGUGAUUUGAAUUUGCUUGUUUCAUAUCCAUGCAAGUCAAAUUUGUUAGUAUAUUUCCCCAGUAUAUACAGAUAUUGUUAUUUUGCAGUGAAAAAGGUUAAUUCAGAUUCAGAUGAACAAAUGUGUUUUUUAAUGUUUAUACACUAUAUUAUCUACAAGCAUUUCUUAGACAGUGAUCUGAACUUGCUUGCAGAUGAUCCUAAUCUGUAUUCAGAUGCUUUUAUUUGUUGAAUAAAUUAUAUUGGUUUUUUAA